AUGGUUUGUCCAUCAUUUAUUCAUAUUACAGGAUUUCAUUCAUUACUUUAUUCAAAUUAUGGAAGUGUCAUGAAACCUGUUCAUGAUUCCAUGUUUCAAGACGUGGACCAACCACUAAGUCAUUAUUACAUCAAUUCAAGAUAUAUAAAUGCUCUUGAGCGUGUUGAAAUAUAUGCUUUGACGAUUUUUAGCUAUUCGUCUGUUGAUAUAUUUAAUGGCGACCAUGGAUUACCUUGCAUAAUCCAUAAACGAACGCUGAUAAAAUCAAUUUAUCUUAAGGAUGUCUUAGUUUCGAUCUAUCAAUACGUAUUCCAGCAUAAUCCGUUUCCAGUUGUACAACAACAUGAUGCAAGUUUUAAACCUUUGCCUUCAACAAAUGAUUUGAAACAUAGAAUUUUAUUGCGUGGAAAAAUCUUAUCAGAUGAAGAAACUUUGGUUCGCCAAGAUAGGUACAGCGAUUCUUUGGACGAUUUUAGUUCAAUAAAGAACGAUCUUGACCACGAAUACUCGAAGUUGAUAUCGAUCGCUGUAGUAAAAAUCAGUGAAAAUUUGAAUCCGCUUAAUGGGUCAGUAGCCGAAGGCAAAUUUACUCUAUAUUCAAUUAAAAGACUCGUCAAGUCCUAUCCAGAUGGUUUUCAAAAUUCAAGCAAUAUAAACCCGAUGAUCUCAUGGAUUUGUGGCAUUCAAUGCGUUGCGUUCAAUAUGCAAAUUUAUGAUGAAAAUUUUGAUAUCAAUGCUGGCUUAUUCCAAAUCAACGGUAAUUGCGGAUAUGUGCUCAAACUGUGGGUUCUGUUGGAUGGAAAAAAGAUUCUCGGUCUACCUGCUGAUUCACGACAAUUUCGAACGAAAACUGACUUUGAUAGAACAUCAAUGAAUGAGUUUAUUGGAGAAUAUACAAUACCAGUAACAAGUAUAAGAACAGGUUCGAUUUGA